CGCAGAGCGCAGUUCCGACCCACAGCCUGGCACCCUUCGGCGAGCGCUGUUUGUUUAGGGCUCGGUGAGUCCAAUCAGGAGCGCAGGCUGCAGUUUUCCGGCAGAGCAGUAAGAGGCGCCUCCUCUCUCCUUUUUAUUCACCAGCAGCGCCGCGCAGACCCCGGACUCGCGCUCGCCUGCCGGCGCCCGCCGCCUUUCUCCGCGCUCGGAAGCACCCGCCGCCGCGGCUAUUCUCCAUGCGCAGCGCCCACCCGAGGAGCUAGAAGUCUGCUUGGAGAGGCGCCGGACCGUGGAUGGCCUUGACUGACGGCGGCUGGUGCCUGCCGAAGCGCUUCGCGGCCGCGGCGGCGGACGCCAGCGACUCCGGAGCCUUUCCAGUGCGGGAGCUCUCCACGCCGCCUUCCCCCAUCUCCUCCUCGUCCUCCUCCUGCUGCUCCCGGGGUGGGGAGCGCGGCCCCGGCGGCACCGGCAACUGCAGGACGCCGCAGCUCGACACGGAGGCGGCGGCGGGACCCCCGGCCCGCUCGCUGCUGCUCAGCCCCUACGCCUCGCAUCCCUUCGGGGCUGCCCACGGACCUUCGGCGCCCGGGGUCGCUGGCCCCGGGAGCGCCCUGUCGAGCUGGGAGGACCUGCUGCUCUUCACUGACCUCGACCAGGCCGCGACCGCCAGCAAGCUUCUGUGGUCCAGCCGCGGCGCCAAGCUGAGCCCCUUCGCACCCGAGCAGCCUGAGGAGAUGUACCAGACCCUCGCCGCCCUCUCCAGCCAGGGGCCGGCCGCUUACGACGGCGCGCCCGGCGGCUUCGUGCACUCGGCGGCCGCCGCGGCUGCAGCGGGCGGCAGCCUGGCUGCGAUGGGCGGCCGUGAGCACCAGUACAGCUCGCUGUCGGCCGCGCGGCCGCUGAACGGGACGUACCACCACCACCACCACCACCACCACCCGAGCCCCUAUUCGCCCUACGUGGGCGCGCCGCUGACGCCCGCCUGGCCCGCCGGACCCUUCGAGACCCCGGUGCUGCACAGCCUGCAGAGCCGCGCCGGAGGCCCGCUCCCGGUGCCGCGGGGCCCCAGCGCAGACCUGCUGGAGGACCUGCCCGAGAGUCGCGAGUGCGUGAACUGCGGCUCCAUCCAGACGCCGCUGUGGCGGCGGGACGGCACCGGCCACUACUUGUGCAACGCCUGCGGCCUCUACAGCAAGAUGAACGGCCUCAGCCGGCCCCUCAUCAAGCCGCAGAAGCGCGUGCCUUCCUCCCGGCGGCUUGGAUUGUCCUGUGCCAACUGUCACACCACCACCACCACUUUGUGGCGCAGAAACGCUGAGGGCGAACCCGUGUGCAAUGCUUGUGGACUCUACAUGAAACUCCAUGGGGUGCCUCGACCGCUUGCUAUGAAAAAAGAGGGAAUUCAAACCAGGAAACGAAAACCUAAGAACAUAAAUAAGUCAAAGGCUUGCUCUGGUAAUAGCAAUAAUUCUGUUCCUAUGACUCCAACCUCCACCUCUUCUAACUCAGAUGAUUGCAGCAAAAAUACUUCCCCCACAACACAACCGACAGCCUCAGGGGCGGGCGCCUCGGUGCUGUCUGGAGCGGGAGAGAGCACCAAUCCCGAGAACAGCGAGCUCAAGUACUCAGGUCAAGAUGGGCUGUACAUCGGCGUCAGCCUGGCCUCGCCAGCUGAAGUCACAUCAUCCUCGGUGAGACAGGAUUCGUGGUGCGCCCUCGCCCUGGCCUGAGCCGGCUCCGGGAGCGGGAGGGCGCACGACCUGCGGUGAUUUUGUCCAGCAGUCCAGACUGGGGCGAGUAUGCUGACCGAACAUUCCUCUGACGCGUGAUUUCCGUGCCUUUAUUUUGAAAGAGAUGUGUUUCCCAAGAGGCUCGCUCUGCCUUACCACCCAGCCCCGUCUCUGAAGAGCAGGAGAGAAGAUGGAGCUGCCGGGCCAGGCCGGUGCA